CCGAUUUAAAUCCUUGCAUCUUAAUUUUGCUUUCCAGUCCUAUAGUUUUGUUCCUCCUCUGGUGCUGUCCCCCACUAGCUAUUAAGGAUUUCCUUAAUUGUCAAAGCCUAAAACUUCAGUUUUGGCUGCCCUUAUAACUCACCCCUUUGAUUCCCUGUCGUCUGGCACCCAAAUGGCUUUUGUGAAGCAUUAGAAGCAAGAUUGUCGAAGACCCAGAAAUGAGGUAAAUCUUCUGAGAGACCAGGGCAAAGGGUCUCUCACCCUGGCAUGCCCCAAAUAAAAUUCAUGCUCUUUCUUCUUGUUUGAAUUUCGUUUUGUAUCAUCGAUUUCUGUAAAACAACAAACAAGAACUUGCUGUUGGUUUGCGUCGAUAUAUUAGAAAAAGUUAAAAAAAAAAAAAAAAAAAAAAAAAGAAGAAGAAGAAGAAGAAGAAACAAAGCCAAGUUCAUGGCAGGAUGCUCGAUUUUAACAAAUGGGUCUGCCUUAGAUUGCGUUGAGAUUGCUAGCGCUUACCAAAAUAAUGGUUCUUGCGUUGCUAGUGAUGAUUCCGUAGAAGAUGUUGCUGUUGUGGGUAUUCACGAUUCUCACGAUGAUUUUAAGGUUAAACUACGAGGCCUUUUCGACCAAGUUCUUUCAGUUUUUCUGAAAGAGAUUACUAGUAAAGGUGUUGUUAGGCCUGUUCCGGCAGUGCUCGGUGAUGGGCGGUCCCUGGAUUUGUUUAGACUUUUCUGGGUAGUGAGGAAGAGAGGAGGGUUUGAUAUGGUGUCGAAGAAGGGUUUGUGGGCUUUCGUGACGGAUGAUUUGGGUUUGGAUCUUAGAGCGACGCCUUCUGUGAAAUUGAUAUGUUUUAAGUACUUGAACGAGUUGGAGAAAUGGUUCAAGGAGAAGUGUAGAGAUAGGAAGCUGGGGAAUGGGCAGUAUGGAUGCGAUGGGGGUUUCGGUUUGUUAUCUUUGGAGGUGGAGACAGAGUUUAGAGGCUUGUUAUCUAAUGGGCUGUUGAAAAAGAAGAAUGAUGUUGGAUUUGUUCGACAGGAAUCUUGCAAAAGUGGAGAGUACACUGAUGUGGAUGUUGGAAAGAGGGGAUUUCAUUUUUCAGACACCAAGAUCGCCUGUAGAAUGCGGGACGAUGUUGGUAAAAUCUGUCGUGCUGAUGACGAAAACAUUCUUAAAGAUGAUGGCGGCGCUGAUCAUGUAUACCUGGAUUCUAAUACUGCCAAGGAAGAAUUUAAUUCUCGUAAGAGAAAGCGAGAGUCUGUAGCAGGAAUGCUGAAGUGGGUGAUCCAGAUCGCAAAGAAUCCUGGUGAUCCUUCAAUUGGGGUAAUACCAGAGCCAUCUAACUGGAACGAGCAUGAAGGCAAGGAGUUCUGGGCCCAGGUAAUCAGGGCAAGGGAAGCACUGUUGCUAAGAAGGCAUGUUAAUCAAAAGACUGAAGGAUCUCUCUUGGAGAAGAAGCUAAAGAUGCAUCCUUCUAUGUAUGAGGAUAGUAGUUGCCCUAGUCACCAUUCCACAGAGAGGCUAAGAUGCAGUCAAAGGCUUCCUAUUUUGGGGAAAUGUCGUGCUUGUUCUUGUUGCAAUUCACUUUCAGCCACUCAGAUUAAAUUGAGCCCUCACCAGAUAGAGUUGGAUAAUGACCCCAAGGAGCAAGAACCUGUUACUGUUGAUAUAUCAGCCACAGAUACAAAAGUUAACCCACCUGAGGAUGAUCACCUUCCAAGGCAAGUUUCUGGGGAUUCUCUUGCUGAGGUCCCUGAAUGGGCUGGUGUGGUCCCAGAGAGUGACUCGAAGUGGCUAGGGACAUGUAUAUGGCCUUCGGAACAUGAAAAGCGUAUUGUAAAAAUUGAAACAGAUCCCAUUGGGAGGGGAAGACCAGAUUUAUGUGGUUGUCGACUCCCAGGUUCCGUUGAAUGUAUUAGAUUUCAUAUAGCUGAGAGGAGGAUGAAAUUGAAACUUGAACUGGGCUCAGUGUUUUAUCGUUGGAGAUUUGAUCGUAUGGGUGAGGAAAUUUCACUUCAGUGGACAUCUGUUGCAGAAAAUAAAGUCAAGGAUAUGGUAAGGUCAAAUCUUUGGAACAAUGCAUUCAAGUGCUUUCCAAGGAAGACAAGGGAAAACUUGGUGAGUUAUUACUUCAAUGUAUUUCUUGUCCAGCGAAGACGAUAUCAGAAUCGUGUGACCCCAAAUAAUAUUGACAGUGAUGAUGAUGAGUCAGACUUUGGAUCUUUAGGCGGCGGUUUUGGGCAUGAAGCAGUCAGAGUCCCAGGCUUCAAUUUUCUAUCAUGUUCUGAGAAUAAGCAAUGCACUGAUUUUGAAUAGACAAAAACGUGGAGCUGGAUUUCAUCACUCUCAUCAGAUGUUUGGUCUGCCCUUAAGAGUGAACAACAUGACUUUUCCCCUGUUCAUUUUUUGUAAAAUAGUUUUCCCUCAUAUACACAGAAACAACUCUCUGCCUUGAAAUUUUGGUGAGAUAAGAGUAUCACAUUAAAGUGUGGUGCAAUUUUGAUGAGAAGUUAUGUUCAUGGUCAUGGAAGCCAAUUUGGUGGGUUUCUUCUUGAUCAAGUUUCUUUGGCUACUGCAGUAUCAGUUCUCAAAGAUCUAGAUGCUGCUUUGUGAAUACUUGUAUCUCAUACCAGCUACUACUACUUAGGGUAUACCUAUUUCAUUAGAUAGGAGAAGAGAGAGGAAGAGAGAUAGUGGUUCGGAUUCAAGUUGUACUUUGGUUUUUCUUACUAAGAUAUGUGCAUGUGGUGCUCGAUAUUGUGGAUAUUCUUUGCAUCAUGUUUCAAACUUGUGUAGGUGGUUGUCUCAGCCUCUAUUCUUGCAUGGUUUCAAAUUUCAUUAAAAGGACAAUUGAAUUGAA